AUGGAGGAGGGGUCAAGAACAACAAUGUUUUUAAGUAGCUGUAGGAAGAACUUGGUGGUGCAGUUCCUACUGAAGCACAGCAUCGAUGGAGUGCUCACAAGAGGGGCAGUUAUGGAGGCAGCAGAGGAGUACGGCAUUAGCAGGAAGACAGUUUACAAACUCUGGAACAAAGCAAAACAACAGAUGCAAAGGGGGGAACCUACAAUCAUGGAAGGCAAGGUUAAAGGCUAUCAUCAUUCUGAUAAAUUCAGUCUAGAUGAAGAAAAGGUAAGAGCUUUAUCCACACUUGAAAGGUCUUCAAUAAGGAAAAUGGCUUACAAAUUGUCUGUUAGCAAAAGCACAUUAGGUAGAGUUCAGUUUGAAAGCAUGUACAAUGUUGUGCAUAUUGAUGAAAAAUGGUUCUAUAUGACCAAGACAUCAGACAGGUAUUACCUCCUGCCUGAUGAGGUUGAGCCAUAUAGGGCAUGCAAGUCAAAGAGCAAAAGGAAAUCCAAGAAUAGGGCUAAAGGCACACUUGAGACUAAACCAAUUUCUUCAGUGAACAAGAGUGUGAUGAGGGACUGCAUUAUCAACAGGAUUGUACCAGCAAUUAAGGCCAAGUGGCCUGAGUGGGCAAGCAAAGAGAUCUAUAUCCAGCAAGACAAUGCCACACCCCACAUAAAUGGUGUGGAUGCUGAAUUUGAGGCUGUUGCCAAAUCAGAUGGAUUUAAAAUCCAUCUAAUUUGUCAACCACCCAAUUCGCCAGACACCAAUAUUUUAGACCUAGGGUUUUUCAGAGCCAUUCAGACAUUGCAACAUGAGAAACCAUGCAAUAAUGUUGACACAUUAUUGGAGAAUGUGUGCUUGCCUCACAGAGAUCAUGGUCGUGGGAAUAAUUACAAGGUCCCUCACAUUAACAAGGCCAGGUUGGAAAGAACUGUUGGACUGCCCAAUGCACUGGAUGUAGAUGAAGAUCUUGUGAGAGAUGUGUUGGAGUACUUACAGCAACCAGAGAACAAUGCUGGUUGUGGAUAUGACAUUAUGGCUUUGGCUAAUGCUUUUGGCUUCUAG